GUUUUGCAAUUUAACGGGUUAACGGCCCGGACACACCAUGCAUGUCUGCUGAAAUCAUUGAAGAACCCAGAGCGCAAGGCAUCUCGAUCAUAUAUUCCCUGCGCUUGCUGCCACUCUUCUUCGUUAACCUCCCACUAUCCACUCACAUUUCAAGCAAACAGCUUCGACGUCCAUCGAUCUCUUCGUGCAUGAGAAACGGCAUGGCGGCUCCGAGGUUCAGGCCGAUCGAGGAGUGCGCCACGGAAGGGCGGUCCCGGCAGACGGUCGCCGCCGACCUCGACGGCACGCUGCUCCUGUCCCGGAGCGCGUUCCCCUACUACCUCCUCAUCGCGCUCGAGGCCGGCGGCCUCCUGCGCGCGCUCGCCCUCCUCGCGUCCGUGCCGUUCGUGUACCUCACCUACAUCUCCGUGUCGGAGCCGCUGGCGGUGCGCACGUUCGUGUACAUCGCCGUGGCGGGCCUGAGGGUGAGCGACAUCGAGGCGGUGGCGCGGUCGGUGCUCCCGAGGUUCUACGCCGGCGACGUGCACCCGGAGGGGUGGCGGGUGUUCCGCUCGUUCGGCAGGAGGUGCAUCGUCACCGCGAGCCCCCGGGUGAUGGUGGAGCCGUUCGCCCGGGCGUUCCUCGGCGCCGACAGGGUCAUCGGGACGGAGCUGGAGGUGGACGGGUCCGGGCGGGCGACGGGCUUCGUCGCGCAGCCCGGCGUGCUCGUCAGCGAGCACAAGAGGCAGGCGGUGAUGAGGGAGUUCGGCGAUGCGCUGCCAGACGUCGGCAUGGGGGACAGGGAGAGUGACUUCGACUUCAUGUCCAUCUGCAAGGAAGGGUACAUCGUGACUCGGAGCAAGUACAGCCCGGUGCCAAAGAACCAGCUGGAGGGCCCUGUCAUCCUCCACGACGGCCGCCUCGUCCAGCCCCCGACCGACAUCAACGCGCUGCUCACCUUCCUGUGGUUGCCGAUCGGCUUCGCCCUGGCGCUCCUCCGCGUGCACGUCAAGCCGCUCCUCCCCGACCGCGUCGCCUUCUACGCCUACAAGCUCAUGGGCGUCAAGCUCGCCGUGCGCGGCAACCCGCCGCCGCCGCCCACGAAGGGCCGACCGGGCGUCCUCUUCGUGUGCAACCACCGCACCGCUCUCGACCCGACCAUGGUCUCCGUCGCGCUGGGCCGCAAGGUGACACGCGUCACGCACAACAGCGCCUCCGGCAUCCUGACGGAGCACACGUCGCCGGUCAAGGCCGUCGCGCUGUCCGGGGAGCGCGACGGGGACGCGGCCCGCAUCCGGCGGCUGCUCGAGGAGGGCGACCUCGUCUUGUUCCCCGAGGGCACGGCCUGCCGCCAGCCGUUACUGCUGCGGUUCGGCGCGCUCUUCGCGGAGCUCACGGACCGCAUCGUGCCCGUGGCCAUCGCCACCGAGGAGAGCAUGUUCCACGGCUCGACGGUCCGCGGGCUGAAGACCAUGGACCCCUACUUCUUCUUCAUGAACCCGCGCCCGACGUACGAGAUCACGUUCCUCGACCAGCUGCCAAGGGAGCUCACCUGCGGCAAUGGCAAGUCGCCGGUCGAGGUGGCAAACUACAUCCAGAAGUUACUGGCCCGGGUGCUCGGGUUCGAGUGCACGAGCAUCACGCGCGAGGAGAUGUACCGGAUCGUCGGAGCCGCGUGCCGUCCAACGACGACGGACCUGGAGAAGCCAACAACGUAACCACUUGAGCUAGGGGUAUAUAUGAAUGCAUUCUCAAUUUCUUAUGUGUUAAUAAUGGCCAUUCAUCGUUUCCAAUUGGUGUCAUGUGCACAAUAUUUUUCUAAUUUUCUGUUUCAUGUUGUACAGUAAACCUUGGCAAGAUCCGAGCCGCGAAGCUACCAUGGUGUGUUUGACUUGUCGUGGAUGUCUUGCUAGUUGCUACUUUCUUUUAGGGCCCAUUCGGUUGCUAGGAAAAGUAGAUUGAAUCCUUCGGUAGCAUUAUUUACAUUUUUGGUUGAAAUGAAUGGA